AAGUCGAAAUAUCGACAUGUAUUCAUCGAACAUGUUUUAAAAAAUGAUAUCAUAUAAAACAUCUCUAAAAGAUAUUGUGUAAGACAUCUCUAAACCGAUAAAUCGUAUGGUUUUUAUAGAGUUCAAAUGUCUAUAAUUGAAUCUGUGAUAAAAUUACUACAACAUUAAAGUUCAUAUGCAAAAACAAUUAAACUACCAUUAAAAUUAAGGGAAAAUAUCAUUUUAAACUCUCAAACUAUUUUUGCACUAUCAAUUAUAUCCUGAACUAUUGAAAAUGAUUUUUUAACCUUAAACUAUCAAUUUUGUAUCAAUUGUACUAUUCGUCCAUUUUUAUUUUAUUUUUGCUCCAAAAAUUUGAUGUGGCUCACCGGAUACCACGAUCUAGUUAGAAUUAUUCUUUUUUGACCUAUAUUUAUAUAAAACGACGUGAUUAUAUGAUUUACCAAUUAAAAAUUCAAAGAGUGAAAAAUGAAUGAAGGGUACAAUUGAUAUAAAAUUAAUAGUUCAAGGUUUAAAAAAUCAUUUUCGAUAGUUGAUAUAAUUAACAAUGCGGAAUUAAUUUGGAAUUUAAAGCGCCAAUAAAUAAUAAUCCUUCUUUAAAGUGGUAUGAUUUCAUACUACUCAUUCUUUUUAUGAUAAAUAGUGAAUGUAUUGUAUCCCAAUUAAUCAAUGCAGUAGAGACCUUAUGGCGUUGACGACCUUUUCCACCAUUCCUGCCACGUCAGCAGAGAGCCGUUGAGAUUCUCAUCACCAUUCGCUUUCCGCAUCACUUCUCCCCACCUUCCUCGUCGGUGUCGAAUAACGGCUGCAGAUUCCUCACGUUGCCAAAGCUACAGUUUCCCAUCACCUACUCCCACAUACAAAACCCUAAUUCCUCCUCAACCAAUUAUGGAGAAGCCGCCGCCAAUGACGAUCGAGGUGGCCGUUAUUUCCGCCGAGGGUUUGCUGCUGAGCAGAGGAAACAAAUCCGUCGAGAAGGGCGCUUUCGUCGUGGUAAGAUCCGACCCGUUGAACUCGCGAUCAACGGGUACGGAUCGGGAGGGCGGGAGCUGCCCUGCAUGGAACGAGAAGUGGGCGAUGGAGCUGCCCGCCGACACCCGUUUCUUAACGGUGGAGGCGCAUUCGGGCAGCAGGCCGACGAGCCCGUCUCCGAUUUCUCGGGCGGGUUUCUGCCCGUUAAUUAAUUAUUCAACUUUCUUGACCUACCGGUUGAGGGACGCCAAUGGCCGGAAGAAUGGGAUACUGAAUCUGUCGGUCAAGGUCGCCGCUUGCCCCGGGGAGCCGUGGGCCGGAGUUCCGGUGGUGGAUGGCAAGGCCACUUGUCGCGGGAUUGCGACCGGGAUUCCUAUUUAGCGGCGGCUUUAGGAAUUGAUGAAAGAGAGAGCUGAAUUUGUUGAAGUACGGAGGAAGUCUGAAGGUACUUGUACCGAAUAAUUUUAUUUAGUAGAUCGUACAAUUUUUUUUUUUUGGGUCCAAGUGAAAUCCU